AUAUUUCUGAGGUCAGACCGUAUAUUUUAAGUCCUUAACUCCGCGGUCACACUGCUAAAGAACAAUAAAUCCGUUUGUUGCACAAAAAAUAAAUUUAAAUAAAAUUUAAUCGCAAUUGAUAAUAAAGUACUGUGCUAACACAUACCAAGUGCUUGUGCGUGUGCGGUGGCCGUCGGUGGAAAAACAUUGUUAAUUGGAGCAACGAAGUAGAAGCGUGUAAAGAGUUGCGGAAUUAUCGUCGUGGUCGUGUCAUUAGAAAAAGAAGAGAGCCAGCGAACGAGAGAGCCGCCGCGACACCAGCCAGCAGCCACCAGGCCAUCUCAGUGCCGCAUUUGGCCGCCCGCACGCAUAAAAUAUGAUCAAAUUGCUACGAAAUUGAUUUCAAUUGGCGACUCAACAAAAGCAAACCGAAUCUUCAAUGUUUGACGCCUGCAGCGAAUCUUGAGACUCAUUUCACCCCUCCAAAACGAACAAGCAACGGAGCAAGCCAAGUACUUGAGGUUCCCAAAGAAUGGCGCAGACAACACAGCCGCAGCAGGCAGCGGCACCGCCAUCAUCGGUCGGAGCUGGCACUGCGGCACCCGCAGCAGCCGGAGCAGCAGCAGCACAGCCGCAGCCACCGCCAGUUGCUGCAACCACACCCGUGUCGAAUCCAUCCACGCCGCAGCCUCCUAGCAGCAACAAUAACAACAACAACAAUAAUAGUGUGGUGUCUCCCGCCGGAAACAACAAUAAUAACGUGAUGGCGGCACCCGUCCAGGCCUUCACACCCACCGGACAGCCGAUAUACAACCAAGUUUACAUGCCCGCCCAUGGAGGACAUCCGCAUGCGGGCGGCCACUAUGCUCCAGCCAUGCUCCAGGCACCCAUUCCGAGCAACGUCUAUGUGAACAAUGUCACUGCCAAUGUGAAUCUGCAUGGCUGGUCGCACUCGGUUCCCGCCUACAUACCCGGAGGAGGACAGGCCCACUACAUGGCCCACGGGGACAUGCCCCAGGACCAGCAGGGUAAUCCGCUGAUGCAGCAACUGCAGCCAUUGCCUAUUAAUUUGGCUGCCCAGGGAGUCAGUCCCAAUCCGCAUAAUCCUGGCAUGGGUGGCCGUGGACGUGCACGUGGGCGCGCCCGUGGCGGAGGUGGGCUGAGACGCAAUGACUACCACGGACCACGUCACCUGCAACAACAACAACAGCAGCAGCAGCAGCAGCAACAACAGCUGAUUUCUCUGCCCCCACAGCAACAACUGCAGCCGGACGGCGGCGGCGCCGGGACGCCCAACAUGCAGCUCCAGCCGGACCAUCAGCUGGUUGCCGGACCGCCCGAAGGUCAAAUGCAGCCCGUUCCCUACUACGCGCCCCAUCACUACACCUACGGGCCGUAUCCCGCUACCUAUUUUGCACCGCAGCAUGCGGCCCUGCAGGGUCCGCCCAACGCGGCAGCAGCAGCGGCUGCCCAGCAGGCCACCGGCCCUCCGCUUUACAUGCCGAUGAUGUACAAUCCGGCCGCCAUGUACAACUGCAUGGGAGGCUACGUCUACCAGCAUCUCAUCCCACAACAGGAGUACCAAUACGUGCCCGAGGAUGGCAGCCAGGCGGGCGGCAUAGAUGAGCGUGGCCAGCAGCCGGAUGGAGGCAUGCCACAGAUCUGGCAUGCCGGCCCCAUGUACGCGGAGGAGUACGCCGACGUGCUUCAGCAACAGCAACAACAGCAGCAGCAGCAGCAGGUCUCGCAUCCGAAUGGGGCCCCUGCUCUCGGGGAUGAGCUCAACCACAACAGCUUCUCGCUGCCCUCCUCGGAAACGGGCAGCAUGCUGAGCCCCAGCUGUUCCGUCUACGAGGCGUCGAUCCAUGAGAUGCAGCACCAAAUGAGCGUCAUGCAAAUCUACGACGAUGGACAGAUGGCCUCCCUGCAGACCAUUCACCCGGGAGCUGGUCCAGCCCAACAGUACGUGGAUGAGCUAUCUGAAUGCGGUGUUGCACCGCCUGGAGCCAUUCCAGUGGAAUGGCCAGCCCCAAUACCAAUAGCCGGACCAGCAGCCAUGUUGCCUCCACCGCCACAGUGGCAGGCAGGGCAGGAAUGGCAGCAACCGCCAACAGUGGCCAUCGAACAGCAGCCACAGCAAAUGAUUCAGGCGCAGCCAUCGCAAGCCCCCACACCGACACCACAGCAACAGCAGCCGCCGCCGCCGGCGCAUCAGGAUCAGCUGGUCGUGGAGAAGAAUUUGAUGAACAAUAAUAAUGAAGUUCCUUUGGAGAAUGUUUUGAGCAAUGAAAAACAGCAGCAGAUCGAAAUUGAGUAUCAGCAGCAGCAGCAGCAGCAGCAGCAGCAGCAACAACAACAACAACAACAACAACAACAACAACAACAACAGCAGCAACAACAACAACAGCAGCAGCAGCAGCAGGCACAUCCUCCUCCGCCGCAGCAACAGUUGCCACAGCAAAUUGAGAAGCAGGCAACGAAAGUUGCUGCCCAUCUGGUGGUGGCAACAGUGGCACCUCAACAGCAACAGCAGCAGCAGCAGGCGGCACCGCAGCACCAUCAACAGCAACAGACAUCGCCAGUGGUGAUGCCACAGCAGCAACAGCCCCAACAGCAGCAGCAGCAACUACCCCAGCAGCAACAGACCAGCUACCAGGAUAUGCAACAUCAGGCACAGCAACAUCAGCCACAGCCACAUCAACAUCAGCCACAGCAACAUCAUCAGCAACAUAUGCAGCAACAGGCGCCACAGCAGCAAGUGCGAAAGCCGCCCCAGCAAUACAAUCAAGCGCAGCAGCAUCAGGUGCGUCGCAAGUACUCGUCGGAGUACAAUCAUCAUCACCAAGGAGCAGGUGUCAGCAGCAGCAGCGAGACGGGGAUACAGACCACAAAGACUAAGUCCUGGACAAACUCCGCGCAGCACAAAAAGUCCACGCAGUCCGUUUCGGUGACGGCAUCGCCCAACAAUGUGAACAAUGGUCCAGGAGGAGCGGCAACAGCAGGCGGCAGUGGCAGUGGCGGCUUCAGCAAACCCGGCGGCUACAGUCAUACCACAAAGACGUACACCAAUCAGCAGCAUUACCAGCAGCAGCACUAUCAGAAUAAUUAUACCAACAACAGCAGCACCAGCAGCAAUAGCAGCAGCAGCGGCGGCCCGCAGCAGCCGCAAGUUCGUACCUAUGGAACGAUGAAGGUGCCUUCGUCGCCGGUGGCAAGCAAUGCCCCACUGCUAGAGCGGAAGAACAGUCAGCAAGGAGGAGCCACAGGAGCAGCAGCAGCAGUACCAGCGGCAGCAACAGCAGCAGCAGCAACAGCAGCAGCAACAACUACCUCAACGGCGAGCAUAACAGCGACGCCGAGCCAUUUCCAGCAGCAGGAGACGAGCAAUGCGACGGCAGCAGCUCCUCAGCAGCAACAACAGCAGCAGCAAUCACAUUACCACCAGCAGCAGCAGCAACAGCAGCAGCCACAACCUCCCACACAGCCAGCGGCAACCACCAAGACCUACAGCAGCUAUGCGGCCAAGCGGCAGCAUACUGUCUACGAGCAGCCAGCGCUAAGCACCGUGGUAUCCUCAUCCGCAUCCUCCUCUUCCGCCAAUCCGCAGCCGCCACUUAAUCUGGCACCGCCCGCACCGCCUGCUUCGCAGAGCAACCAAAACAGUGCCGAGAGCUCGCAGCCGUCGUGGGCGAGUCUGUUUGCCAACAAGAAGCCAGUGGCCAAGGUGGCACCUUACGAGGCCAACAAACCAUCACCGGCAACGGCUCCUUUGCAACCGCUUCAGCCAGUGCUGCAGUUGGCACCGCCGCAGCCACAGUUACAGGUUCAACCACAGCCGCAGGCCACUGUGGUAGUUGCAGCAGUACCACAGCCUCAGGCUCAACCUCAGCUGCAGCCGCAGGUACAGCCACAGGUACAGCCACAGGUGCAGCCUCAGACACAGCCACAGCCUCAACCUCAACCUCAACCUCAGCCACAACCACAACCACAGCUGAAGCCCCAGCCUCAACCACAGUUGAAGUUCCAACCACAACUGCAGCCACAGCCAAAACUGCAGCCACUUUUGCCCGCGCCGACAGCCCACCAGCAACUGCAACUCCCAGCACCCGUGCCUGCGCCCAUCACGCCUUUGAUAACACCCGGGACGCUCUCGUAUUCGGCUGCCUCUGCACAAGCGAUGCCAGCGCCCAGUCCCUCGGCAUCGAUCAAGCCACUGAAGCCAGAGCCUGCUGCGCGUCCGGCGGCCCAGCUCGAUGAGUGGACCAACAAAUACGCAGAUUUCUUGACACGUCAUAAGACCAAUUUGACGCCCAUUAGCCUGCGUCCCAGGGGCCUGACCAAUCGCUCAAACUAUUGCUACAUUAACUCCAUACUCCAGGCGCUGCUGGGCUGCUCGCCGUUCUACAAUCUGCUGCGAUCGAUACCCAAACAGGCGGCGGUCCUGAGUGACGUGAAGACGCCCACAGUGAAUGCCAUGAUGUCUUUUAUGACCAACUUUUCAUCGCUGCCCAGUGGCCUGCGUCUGCGUUUGAACACCCUCAAUAAGGCGGCCCAAAACAAGGGCAAAGAUGAAUUUGCCGGCACGGAUCUGCAAUGCGAUAUUGCCUUUGAGCCCACGGAUAUCUACAAGCUGUGGAACGAUAGCCGCGAAGAGCAUGUCGAGGGUCGCCAGGAGGAUGCCGAGGAGUUUUUAGGCUAUGUUUUGAAUAAACUCAAUGAUGAGAUGUUGGAGGUAAUAAAACUAAUUGCCAAACCAGUGCCUCAACAGAAUGGCCAAGAGCAGCCGGAGUCGGAAGAUGGUGGCGAGGUCUGGCAGAAGAUCUGCAACAAUCGCAACAAGGGCAGUGUCACUCGCCAAACAGAUUUUGGACGCACACCCAUCAGCGACAUCUUUCGCGGAGAAUUGCGCUCCCGUUUGCAGCGCGAGGGAGAACACUCCACGGAUGUGAUUCAGCCGUUCUUUACUCUACAAUUGAACAUUGAAAAAGCCGCUUCUGUCAAGGAAGCUCUAGAGAUCCUGGUGGGUCGUGAUCAAAUAGAGGGCGUCACUGGCAGCAAGACCAAACAGGAGGUAGUGGCCUGGAAGCAAAUGACCCUCGAAAAGCUGCCAGUUGUACUGAUAUUGCAUUUAAAGUACUUCGAUUACCGAUCCGAUGGCUGCACAAAGAUCCUAAAGAAAGUCGAGUUCCCCGCCGAACUGAAGAUCGAUGCCAAGAUACUUGGCUCAAAGAAGACCUCACAGAAGCAGCGUGCCUACCGCUUGUUUGCUGUUGUCUAUCACGACGGGAAAGAGGCCUCCAAGGGGCACUACAUUACGGAUGUGUUCCACACGGGGUACAAUAAUUGGCUGCGCUAUGACGACAGCUCGGUGAAACCGAUUAGCGAGAAGCAAGUGCUGCAGCCGCAUGCGCCGCGGGUGCCUUACCUACUCUACUAUCGUCGCUCAGAUACGAUACAGCAUGCCACACAGCCGCACCAGCAGGCAAAUGGGGGAGCUGCAUCGGGAGGCGUUGUGGGAGGAUCAACAGCCAAUUCGGACGCCAAUAAGUGAAAGAAAAAUUGUAAAAUAUAUCAGUUGUACCGAUAACUAUAAGUGUUAGGCGAUAUAGAGUGAGCGAAAGUGAGAGAGAGAGAGAGAGCGAGCGAGUGAGUGAGUGAGUGAGUGAAAGAGUUUGGUUUUUAGAUGCAUAUACAUAUACAAAUAACAUAGCGAUUAAGAUAUAUUCAAGCCGUAUAUUAAGCCAAAAGUCCAAAGCGCAUGUGUGCGAAGAGAAGUGUGUGAGUGAAGCAAGGAACUAUAGCUCUAAGCUUAAGAAUUUAGCGAUUAAGAUGACUUCUUGAAACGAAUUCGUUGUACAAAGAGUAGCGAGACAGAGUAGAAAGAGAAAGAAAAGAACUCGUAGCAAGUGAGAACGAACACUCGUACAAAGAGUAGCAAGAGAGAAACGAACACUCGAUAAACUGAACAGCGAGAGAAAAAAUAUCAUCUAUAACUUAGUUCUAAAGAAUAACUAGUUCCCCCCACUUUCCCCUAUUUCUUAAACCAUUUCUCCACGGCACAAAACAAAAAACUACUCUAGCCAUUAUCGUUAGUCAGUGUAUAGCCCCCUCCACCCUAGAAUUCUUUGAUUUAUGACAAAACAUUUAGAGCUGUAAAUAUUAUACGAUUUAACUAUAUAUUGUACUGCAGUUUUUCGUGUGUGGCAUGCAGCAUGUGCAUUUAGACGCCCAACAAUAUAUAUGGAAUGCUUUGAAUAUGCUUUAAAAAGAAUAUAUAGAAACCAGAAGACUCUCUUCCAAUUGAGAGCAACAACCAGAUCAUAGAACCUACAACAAACACGUUCAUCUUGUAAUUUAUUAUAUUAUGUUGUUUAGUUUUACUUAGAAAUCCUUUUAAGGACAGGCAUAUAUGAUAUAUUAUAUCUAUAUAUAUAUAUACACAAAUUGUUAUGCAUAGUUAGUCAAACGUCCAACGCGACAGAUGGGAUACAUGAUUCAUAAUACAGAUUUGGAUUCGUUGUGUUUGCGCCUUUAUGAUAUUCGAACACCACAUUUUGCUUAGGUCUAGGGUCGCAUAUGUAGCAUACUUUAUACAUAGGUUUAUAUAACACCAUAGAGAAUUGUUUGUGGGGAUUGAAAGCAAAGAAAAUCAGAACUAACAAAACAAAACACUAAUCAAUCAUUUACAUAUAUAUUUUCAUAGGCUAUAUAACACCGUAUAUAUUAUUUAUAAAUAUCGUGCCAAUGUUUAAAAAAACAUCUAAAAAAAGAAACAAAAUUUGUAAAACUUGUCAAUGCUUUGUAAAGUCAUUCGGCUAAACGAUAAGGAAUAUAUGAUUAUUAAUCGAUAUAUAUAUAUAUAGAUCAUCAUCAUCGAUAUAUGUGCUGAUACCAGACAAGUGCUGACAUUUAAAUGGAUGUAUGAACUAUUCAUGGAUCCAUAUGAUUGUCACGACUUUUGAAAUACACUACAAUAUAUUCUUAAGAUAGGAGAUCAUUGACACAUACACACACACACACACACACACACAAACGCAGAUAUGACGUACUAAUAUAACCAAUAUAAAUCCAUAUAUAAUAUAUAUAUUUUGAUGUUAUACAUACACACACAAACACACACACACACAUAUGAAUUAAUUGUAAGCCCAAAAUUAUAGAAAAGCAUUUUUUUUUUAUAGAAAUUUGUACGCGUCGUCUAAGCGUUCAGCUAGCUAAAAAAUAGGUUCCUAAAAUUAUACAAAAAAAAACCAGAUAAAAACAACAAAAAAAAAAUACCACAAAACAUAAGGGAAAAUACCACAAAAAACAAAAGGAAAAUGUUAGAAUCGUAAAUGGAAACCAAUAAGCAAAACCGUAAUAUUUAUAAUAUAAUGGAUAAAUUGUAAUCUAAAGCCAAGCUAAAAAAAAAA